UGUCAUAGUAGAAAAGCGUCGAACGUUUGACAAAAUCCGCUAGUGAAUAUAGUUAUUAAAUUCAGUGUCGACCCUGGAGACAUCUUGUGAUAAAAAGCAUUGCGGCGAGUCAUUUCGCUGUCUCUGAUUUAGUCUUCACGUGAAACGAGUAACAAAAUUAGAUUGGUGCUAUUUAGUGUCCGCAAUCAUGGAGGAGUCGUGGGAUGCGGAAAAUUUCGAGCCCAAAUUGCCGACCACGUUGACAUCUUCGAAUAAAUGGGAGGGCGAGGACGAGGAAGAGACCGUCAAGGAGAGCUGGGAGGACGAGGAGGAGGAAAAAAAGGACGAAGAGAAGCUGCCCCCGCCGCCACCUAAGCCCAAGAAGAAAAUUGCGGACAAAAUAGCUGAGAAAGAGCGUCUGGAACGCGAAAAGGCCGAGCGCCUGGCCGCCGAAAAGGCGGAGGCGGAGAUGACGCCCGAACAGAAGCUAGCGGAGAAGCUCAAGAGACAGAAGCUUCAAGAGGAAUCCGAUCUCCGUCUGGCUAUAGAGACGUUUGGAAUCACAGAAGCCGGUGUCGGAAAGAUAGACAGCUUCAACCCGACGACCAAGGAGGAGUUCACAGAGUUUGCAGAGCUGCUCAUCAAGAAGAUAACCCUGUAUAAGGCCAGGGAUGAGUUCCCGGAGUUUGCUGAUGAGCUGGUUAAGAAUAUUGUUGUUCAAAUGUCAUCCCUGGACAUAAAGAGGAUAAAGCUGACCGUGGAUAACCUGUACAUCGAGAAGCAGAAAGCGGAGAAGAAUGAUAAGGGCAAGAAGGCCAACAAGGGCAAGGGCAAAGCGAAAUUAAAAGUGGAAGGGGACAAUGCUCACCUCAAUCAAUACGACGCCUACGGUAAUUACGACGACGAUUAUGACGACUUCAUGUAAACGUGCACUGACUGCACUCGGCCUGCUGCCUGCCGGUCGGUCGGCUGCCUGCCGGUCGGUCAGCUGCCUGCCGGUAGGUCGGCUGC